UCUUAUUGCCAGCAUAUAUCUCAUUACAAAUAUUAAUUUUCAAUAGAAUUCUUCCCAGGUGUGUCCUAAUACAAGAUUCUCAAUGCUACCUGGACAAAAUGAAUAAUUUUCCCGGGAUAUGAGCAGUUUGUCAGGGGAUCUCAAAGUAUAGUUGCCACCACCUGGUGCUGCUGGUUAUUUAAAUAGGUAAUUGAAUUUAGUCAUCCAGUGCUUGGUUAACAGUCAAGGGAAGAGAGAUCAGUCUUUGAUCAGUUGUCUUGAGUUAGAAGGAAAAGCCAUAAUGGGAUGGACUUGGACAGCAUUACAGAGUAGUUAUCCUAAGUCUGAGGUUGCAAGUCAUGUGUGUCAGAACAAAGCAGAAGAACAUGGACAAGUUUUAGAAUGUGAAAACGUAGGUUGGUUGUCUUGUGGACUUCCAAAGCUGGCUGAGACAUUGACAGGAGCAGAGUGUGGUUUAAGCUGGGCAUGGGAUAUGUGACUGCUGUAGCCAUAAUCCUUUGCAUGUUCCCCAUUUAAUUCCUUAUACAGCCUUGUUUCUGUGAUUCAUUUCACUUUGCAAACAUGCAUUAGUUCCUUACCUUUUUUUUCUUUGUCACUGCGUAUUCCUGGAAAAAAACAAAGCCCAUUUAAUAUCACAUCUCUUUCUGUUCUAUACAUGUGCUUAAGCAGCUAAAUAUUACUGAGAUAAUCACAUACUUGUUCAUAUUAGUCUCCAAAUAUCAAAUAGGCAAAUAUAUCACCAGUGAAUCCUACUGCAUUUCCUUAGUAAGUCUUCCACUUGAUGUACCUGAGUUUUGUGUUCUUAGAUCAUCAAAAUCCCUCAGCACUAAAAACACACACCAUAUACACACACAAAUAGAUAAGAUGGAUGAUAGGUAGAUAGAUAGAUAGAUAGAUAGAUAGAUAGAUAGAUAGAUAAACAGACCGUGUUCAUAAUUUCAUCUCACAUUUAUCAAACUUUGCAAACAGUUGGAAAUUCUCUCAUAUUUUAGCCAUACAGUCUACCAAGCUAGCUGCCUUAGUCCCCACUCUCUUUACCUUACCUCUUAUUUUCAACAGAUAAAGGCCCCCUUCUCCUACCUAUAGACAAAAUUACUUGUGCUCCUGGGUCAUUGUCCCUUUCUCAAGGAUUUUACUUCUGUUAUUAACCUUUUAUUCUGCCGCACCAACAAAAUUUCUCUAUUCCCACUGAAUAUACAAAAUGUUCUUUGUGUUAAUACCUAUCUUAAAAAUAAAAGAAGGGGACCUCUAGGGGCAUAACAUGAGGGCCUACAAAAUUACGUAAGGAACUGAUAGAGGGAUGGUGGGCUGUCAUCCAAGAAUAUCAAAUUUAUUGUCAUGAUUAGGAAGUCAGCUUAGAAAUAUUUCAACAUGGUUUCCAGUACAUUUGUGAAAUAAUGUACAUGAACAGGAAGGCUAAGGCAUUAGGGGUAAAUUGGAGGCACAAAAGGAGUUCUGAUGUCUGUCUUUCUUGGAUUCCCAGGGUAAAUAUUUUUAUCACCAUGAGAAACCACAGCAUUGUCAGUGAGUUCAUCCUCCUUAUGUUAUCUGCUGACCCUCAGACUCAAAUUCUGCUCUUCAUGUUGUUUCUGGUGAUUUACGUCCUGACCCUGAUGGGGAACCUGGUGAUGCUGCUGGUGAUUAGGACUGAUUCUCACCUUCACAUGCCCAUGUACUUCUUUUUGAGACAGCUGUCCUUCCUGGACCUCUGCCACCCAACUUUUACAGUCCCCAAGAUGCUGGAGAAUCUACUUUCUGAAAGCAAAGUCAUCUUUGUAGAGAGCUGCCUGGCUCAGGCCUUCUUUGUGUUUGCCACUGGGGGCACGGAGGCCUGUCUGCUGGCUGUGAUGGCCUAUGACCGCUAUGUAGCCAUCAGCUCCCCUCUGCUCUAUGGCCAGGUGAUGAGCAACCAGCUCUGUGUUGGGAUGGUGUGGGGUUCCUGGGGCCUGGCCUUUGUUGAUGCUCUCAUUAAUAUCCUCUUGGCUGUCAAUUUAGACUAUUGCGAGGACCAGACUCUUCCCCACUUCAGCUGUGAGCUGUCUUCUCUCUUCCCUCUGUCUUGUUCUGAUACCUCGACCAACUUCACACUCCUGCUGUGCUCCUCUGUCUUGCAUUUCUUUGGAACCUUCGUUAUGAUUGUUUUUUCCUAUGUCUCCACCAUCCUGAGCAUCAGCUCCACCUCAGGCAGAAGCAAGGCCUUCUCUACUUGCUCUUCUCACCUCACUACUGUGAUCUUGUUCUGUGGCUCAGGUUUCCUCAGCUAUCUCUUGCCAACUUCAGGCUCCCGUCUGGAGAUGGUGUUCUUGAAAUACAGCAUGGUCACUCCCAUGCUGAACCCCCUUGUCUACAGCCUACAGAACAAGGAGGUGAAGACAGCUAUGAGAAGAAUAUUAAGAAGAUAUGUUAAUUCUUUCACAUAGUGGACCAGAGAAACAGGACCAUGGAGAAGCUAAACCAUUUUGCCACAAGAUAUCUUAUAACUGAAAAAUUAAGGUUUCUCCCUUUCCUUUUCCUUUUCCUUUUCCUUUUCCUUUUCCUUUCCCUUUCCCUUUCCCUUUCCCUUUCCUUCUUUCUUAUUCUAGCAUUCUUAGCAACAUCUUUAUUAGAAGUGUUCUUAAAAACUUCACUAUAUGAAAUUACGGAAUAGGGAUCACUUCCUUCACUGAUAGAACACUGGUCUGAAUGCAGCUUGUAAGAAAUGUUUUUAGAAACAAGGGAUUAUUUCUUGAUUGAGCAUCAUGCCAGCUGUUGGAAGAUACGUAUGUGUCAGCAUCUUAAUACAUGUUCAAGAAGAAGGCAGCAAGCUCUAUUCUUAGGAUGCUUAAUGGUCAGCCCUAUUUAGAGGAAGAAAAAUGGGUCAGAUAAUUUUCCAAGGUAUUGUUUUACAGUAAAUAAACAUAUAGAUAUAUA